UACGAAAUGGGCAUACACACCAAAUCAGAAACAUAACAGUGGAAGUCGGGGGCGUGUGGAGGAGUGGGGUUGUUUGAUCAUUUUGCAGUGAUGGGAUGGACGGCAGCCGGAUGAGGCGGAAGGGGGCCGAGGCGCCGCGCGGCCCGCGCGUCGUCACCAUCUCGAAGACGGAGACGGGCUUCGGCUUCAACGUGCGCGGCCAGGUGUGCGAGGGCGGCCAGCUGCGCAGCAUCAACGGCGAGCUGUACGGCCCGCUGCAGCACGUGUCGGCCGUGCUCGACGGCGGCGCCGCCCAGCAGGCCGGCGUCGUCAAGGGUGACCGCAUACUCGAGGUGAAUGGGGUGAACGUGGAGGGCGCGACCCACCGGCAGGUGGUGGAGCACAUCAAGUCGGGCGGCGAGAGCCUGACCCUCACCGUCAUCUCGGUGUCCGCCCAGGAGGCAGAACGACUAGAACCCAGUGAAGAGGGUAGCACGUUCAGCUCUGUCGACUACUCAGAGAAACGCUCGCUGCCAAUCUCCAUCCCAGAGUAUUCCACCGUUGAGAGGAUGAAUGAAAAGUUUGUGGUGUACAAUAUUUACAUGGCUGGCAGGCAUCUGUGCUCCCGAAGAUAUCGGGAAUUUGCAAACCUCCAUAAAGAGCUGAAGAGAGAGUUCGUCGACUUCAACUUUCCCAGUCUGCCUGGGAAAUGGCCGCUCAAGAUGAGCGAGCAGCAGCUGGACCAGCGGCGGCGAGGCCUCGAGGCCUACCUGGAGAAGAUCUGCUCGGUGCGCGCCAUCGCCGAGUCCGAGCUGGUGCAACAGUUUCUCACCGACAACGACGAAGAGCAGGCCCACAUCAUGGUGGACCUGAAGGUGCUGCUGCCCAGUCAGGAGGUGGUGGCCGUGUCGGCGCGCAAGAACGCCACCGCCAUCGACGUGUACCGCGGCGUCGUGCUCAAAACCGGCAUGCAGGAGGACACGGCCAAGUGCUUCGCGCUCUUUGAGAUCGUCGAGUACCACUUCGAGCGCAAGCUUCUGCCCAACGAGCAGCCACACGCGCUCUACAUCCAGAACUACAGCACGGCCACGUCGUCGUGCCUGUGCGUGCGGCGCUGGCUCUUCUCGCCGGAGAAGGAGCGCCAGCUGUGCGCCGCCGACCCUGUGGCGCUGGUCUUCUUCUACUGGGAGGCCGUGCAGGCCGUCAACCGGGGUCACCUCACUGUCGGCGAACGGCUGUACGAGCUCAAGGCACUCCAGGAGCACACCAAGAAACAGGAGUAUCUGACGUGCGUGCGCCAGCUGGAGGGCUACGGCGAGGUGGUGUUCCCUCACUGCCCGUGUGACUCGCGCAAGGAAGGCCACGUCAUCGUCGCCGCCGGCAUCGAGAACUUCAGCUUGCACGCGUGCUCUGAAGAGGGCGCGUCGGAGGGCCAGACCAUCAAGUUUCCGUGGUCGAGCAUCACGCAGUGGGACAUUGACGACGGUCAAGCGGCCUUCUGUUUCCAGUACAGCCGACAGGACCAUACACCGCGCUGGGUCAAGGUGUUCACGCCACACCACCAAUUCCUGUACGAGGUGUUCGAGCGGAUCCAGGACGAGCGGCGCACCGUGACACCGGCCGAGGACGAGCCGUGAGGCGGUGGCGGAUGAGUGCGGCCACGCGGCCACCCCGGCCGCGCCUGUCGGCCGAUAGUGACUACCUUUAUGCAGACGAAGUAAUACUGUACAGUGCGAAAGAAAGUCGUGUAUGCGCGCCAGUCUUAGUUGGUCCGCGGGGGUGGUUGUAAGUGCAUUUAGGCGCGGGACAGUCGUUUUUGUCAGUCGGCAGCCGGCUGUUUUUGUCUGUCUUUUUGUCCUGCGGCCGGUCUGUCUGUGAUGGUGGCGCGGAGCGCGGCCCGUCUGAUUUAUGAUUUGUGUGAGCGACGCGUCGCUGUCACAUCGACUGUUUACACUGGGCGGAGCACGUGGCGGGUCCCUGUCCAGCCGGCUCCGGCAGCGGGCGGCUGUCGCCGGCCACGCGGCCGGGCCGGGCAGACGCCCC